AUGUUACUAUCGACACUAGUGAUAAUAUUAUCGACGUUUUGUGUCUUGGAAUCUCUCCAUAUACAAACGCAAUCUACAUUUAUCUCAGCUAAUGGUAUUCAAUUCGCGCGAUUUAGACGCAAAACUGCUGCUAGUAUCGAUGAACAACUAAAUAUUGGGGAAAAUAACUCUACAUAUUGGUACAAGCUACCAAAAGAAUACAAAGUGCCCAGCAAUAAUGUAGCAUCACCUACUGGUGCCACUACUGAUCAACCAAGCGACGAUCAUUCAAUUAGCGUAGAGGAGUUGAAUGAUUUGGGAAUAUCAAGCAAGAGUAAUUACUUUGAUUUGGACGAUAAAAGCUUAAUCGACAAUCCAACGUCUCCGUCGCUAGAAACACAUCCACUCUCUGAUGUCAAAAAUACACCGAGUACACUACCUAAUGCUAACUUAGUUGAAGAUCUAUACUAUACAGAUAUUCUAUUGUCUACCAAGGAAAAUGAAUCGUCAAAUUUGGACCCUCUAGCCUCUUACGAAAAUGACUUACUUAAUAGCUCCAUAACCAACGAACAUGACAAAUAUUCCAUUGAUGAAUCGUUACGAGAGGCAAACCGAAUGAUUCAUAAGUCUGAAACCGUUAAUUCCAUUAGUAUAGAUACAAAUGAAAGUUAUGCUGAUAGUACAUUCCCUAAAAUAGAACAUUUGCCUCAAAAAAAUCUUGUAACAGGGAAAUAUCUCAUUGACAGGCAUUUGAUACAUAAGGUGGCCUGUUUGAGGUCAUGCUUGGAAAUUCUAGAAAAGGGCGUAGCCAAGAAUGAAGCUAAUGAUAGUAUAAAUGGCAUUUCUGCUGAUCAGGAGGGCAUUAAUAAUAUAGGUGGAAGGGAAAGUGAAAACCCACUAAUAGGCAUAUUUUGUUGCUUUAAUGACUCACAGAUGAGAGUUUUUAAACAAUUAGUUUUAGAUGAGGGCCUAUUUGAGGAGGUUUUGGGCAGGGCUAUAACCAUUUACGAACGUGCAGCCGAUACCAAGUCGUUGGAACGUAUCACAUGGAUAGCCACCCAUCUUGGGCCGUGGGUGAACCAACUCAGGAAAGAUACGGCUGACCAGAAAUUGUCAAAACUAAUUUCAGCAGCUCUCACAACUGUUAAUGGUGAUAAUUUGUACGAAAAUAAUCAAUUCUUUGGUGUGCUAUGGGACUAUUGUGAAAAGGGACUUUUGGAUAGGUAUUUGGUGAAACGGUGUGAAGAAGUGAUUAGUGAGGCCAGUAAAAGAUAUCGAGUCGACGAUGGAGUUGCAUCUGUUUCCGAGAUAUUUCUAACUUCCAUAAAGAAUCAGAUAAUCGCCCAAAUGAUAACCAAUCUCAAUGGUACAGAUGUGUAUGUUAAAACCUUAGCUGAGUGCCUAAACGCCAAUAGGGAAGACUGGCGAAGGAUUGUUAAUUGUAAUAUUAAGAGUUUGGAGGGAAUUGAAGAAUUUAUUGGAUGGCUCGGUUUGGGUGCCGAAUUUUUGUCUAGGAGCGAAAGACCAGGGAAAAUGGCAUCGGCGGAAGAUCUGUUAGAAAUAGCUCAUGAGUUAAGCAGUGAGGCUUGA